AUGAAGAUAUUAUGGGAAAGCGACUGGCAAGGAGCCAAGAUCGAGCAGUCUAUCACCCAUCUGGCGUGGAUCCAGAAUGCCGAACGACCCGAUCACGGACUCCUUGGCGUCGGCACUGAUACUGGCUCUGUCGGCGUCACGUUAACCGAUCUGAAACCGACAGCCGAUGAUCUGACUCGCUACAACUUCAAUCUUCGUGGACAUCACAAUGCAAUCCGAAUGGUCACCUGGAACAAGAGUCAGUCAAAGUUGGCGUCCUGUGACGCAUCAGGAAUUAUCUACGUGUGGGUGCGCAACGAUGAUCGGUGGUCUGUGGAAUUGGUCAAUGAUCGAGGUGUCAAAGUAAGCGAUCUGAGCUGGAGUCCCUGCGGCGGAUCCGCGCUAAUUUGCUACGAAGACAACUUUGUGCUGAUCGGAAGUGCGAGCGGACAACGCGUCUGGAGUAACUCAUUCCCGGCCGCCGCUUCUGUGACCUGUGGAGUGUGGGCCCCGGAUUCGAAACAACUCGUGCUUGGAUUCUCUACCGGAACGAUCCAAGUCCUCUCAAGCCAAGGCGCGAACAUCACCGAGAGGAGUUUCACAGAGGACAAGCUCGCCCAGAUGGCAUUCUCACCGGUGCGUGAGAAAACGAACGAAUGGACACUUGCCAUGUUAACUGCUAGUAAUAAGGUCAUAAUGAUCACUGCUUACGACCAAAUCAACUCUGCCGUCUACCGUUCCCCAUUCCAAGUCAUCCGGAUGCAGUGGAACUCCGACGGAACUAUUCUCGGCAUUAUCAAUUCGAACAACGAGCUCGUCAUGGUCGAUAUCCACUGCCGUGUUAUUCAUCGCGAGCGGAUUGCGACUGCCGCCGACGGGGAUAAGAAGCUUACUGCGUUCACGUGGGCUCACAACGGCAAUGUAGUGAUUAUCGCCGCGGCCGGCUCUUUAUCCGUCGGACGCAUUUUGUUCGGAGUGCCCUCGCUUUUCGAAAUUGUCACCUACAAUGUGUGGCGCAUGAUGGGAAGCAAUGCGAAGAAAGUCGAAAAGCUUCCGAUUCCCGUCAAGGAGAUGAAUGCGUUGCGAGAGCUCGAUCACCACGUCAUCAGGGUGAGCGCGAGUUUUUAUAAUCCCUUCCGAAAAUCUCGUUAAUCUUUUUUCUUUUCAGUGCCGGAUUCCACGAACCCAGGAAUUAUGCUCGUUUGUGUGUAGUGUCGUCGAGGCGCGCUGUUACUGCACUAUUCGGCCGUUGGCACGUGGAAGUAACACGUACGUGCUGUGCUUCGAGCAUCUGGGCGGGCUCGUUCCGCUUCUGGUCGGACGCCAAGUCAACCGAUUCCUGCCGCAAUUCCAAAUCUUCCUCUUUCAAAACAAUCAGCAAGCGGCCGCAGUCGCCGGAUCUUCAGCUCAAGUUGGUCAGUACCGUACCGCUGAUUAUUUUAUCAAUCCAUCACUUUCUAUUUCAGAAGAUGUCAACUCUAUGGUUCGACACUCUAACGGUCGCAAUUCUCUGUGGCGCCGCAGUAAACGACAGAUAAGGGCGCUGAUGUCCAAGUACGUUGACCCUUGUUUCCACAAAAAAAAAACUUAGUUGUUGGGAUCAAUAAAUAACCGGUUUCCCGUUGUCAAAAGAGACGGAGAGUGAUGAUGUCUGUCAUCAUGACGGUUUGCAGGCAUGUGCGUCCGACACGACCCGACACCAGGCUGUUACAAGUGUCCUCGAAUGUUUGGUGUACCAAAUUCAACAUCUCGUCACUCUCGCCAUCGCUUUUGCCUUCGUUCCUCGGACAAGUCGUCUACAAGACAUCUGUGCUCCACCUGCAGCCACGACAAAUGACGAUAGAUCUGGCGGUGUUGCAAAGAAAGGACGGGAAAGAACUUUCGGAGGCUUCUAGCUCGCGAAUCGACUCGAAUACUCACAUUGGGCUCAAUUCAGAUCAGGGGCUAACUUCGGAAGAGCGACAGUUUUUCGAGAAGGUUCUUGCCGAGUGCCUUUCUCUGAAAGCCGCCAUCAACUCUUCAAACUUUGGAAAGCCAAAACCCAUCUGUCAGCCAUCCACUUCUAAGGCACCAGAACAAGUACCAGUACCAGCUGCGGCUCCGACGGUUCCAACUGUUGCCAAGGUUCCGACGUCGAAUCAAACCACUCCAGUAAGCUGCCGAACGGUCGAGUCUCGGUUGGACGUGACGAGUAUGGCGAGCUCGGUGAGCACGUGGCACGAGGAGAUUGAAACUCUCGCGUUCAUCGACGGAGACGACGAAAAGACGAUGUUAGUGCAGCCGGUGAAGGGCGGUGGAAUGUUGGAUAUGGCAAGUAAGAAGGACGCCGAAAUGAUACGCUCUCAUGUUGACAAAUUGGCCAGUAUUGCCGAGCAGCUAUCGAAAAGACACGGAGAUUUUAAUGUGGUCAGUUGAAUCGCCGACUAGAAAUAUUAAUGGCAACAGUAUUUUAGAAAAAAGACAAAGCGUCGAUUAACAAAAUGCGAUCGCAAAUGAAGACGCUUUUGCGACGAGUGAACGAAAUCGAGGAGAAGGUGGCGAACGGUGAUGUGAAGACUGAAGUGCGUCAGUUGUUGAGCACGCUGGAGGAGAUGAAGAAGGCGUUGGGCGAGGGAAUGGCGAAGAGCGGAAGAAACGAGUCGCCGUUCAAGACGGAAACAAUGUCGAACAAAACGCCCUUCUGGAACGAGCAUAAUCAAGUGUAUCAGCUGGAUUUCGGGGGCAGAGUAACGCAGGAGUCGGCCAAGAACUUCCAGGUAUUCAGUUCACAAAUUUCUUUCAAAGACGAAACCUCCUCACAUUCUAGAUCGAGUUGGAUGACAAGCAGGUUCUGCAAUUCGGCAGAAUUGAAGGCGGCUCAUACACUCUCGACUUCCGGUACCCGUUUUCCGCGUCACAGGCUUUCGCCGUCGCUCUCGCCAGCAUAACUCAACGUCUCAAAUGA